AUGGCCGGAUUUAUAUUCAACGUGGAUAACGGCUACCUGGAAGGGCUGUGCCGUGGAUUCUCCGGUGGCAUCCUCAAACAAUCCGACUACCUCAACCUGAUGCAGUGCGAAACACUCGACGAUCUGAAGCUGCAUCUGCAGAGUACGGAUUAUGGAAACUUCCUCGCCGACGACGCAUCCCCACUCUCCACCGGCAUCAUAGCGGCGCGGCUACGCGAGCAGCUGGUGAUUGAAUUCCGGUAUCUGCGCAACCACUCGGUCGAGCCACUGUCCACCUUCCUGGACUACAUCACGUACGGCUACAUGAUCGAUAACAUCAUCCUGCUCAUCACCGGAACACUCCACCAUCGGCCCAUCACCGAGCUUAUCUCGAAGUGUCAUCCGCUGGGACAAUUCGAACAGAUGGGCGCCCUGCCCAUCGCUUCCACGCUCACCGAUCUGUACUAUGCGAUCCUGAUCGACACACCCGUCGCUCCCUUCUUUGCCGAUUGCCUAUCGGUACAGGACUUGGACGAGAUCAAUGUGGAGCUGUUGCGUAACACCGUCCACCGGGAGUACCUCGAAGCGUUCCACAAGUUCUGCUCCCAGCUCGGUGGCACAACGGCUGACGUGAUGUGCGAAAUACUGGCCUUCGAAGCGGACCGGCGUUCCAUCAUUGUAACGAUCAAUGCCUUCGAUACGCUGCUGACGAAGGACGUUUGUGUCCACCUGUACCCACGCUGUGGUCGUAUGCAUCCCGAUGGACUGGCAGCACUAGCCCGGGCAACGGAUUACGUGCAGACCAAGGCGGCCGCUAGCUGCUGCGCCGAGUAUGCAGCCAUGUUCGAGGAAGCCGAACGGAACCCAGACGGUCGAACGCUCGAGGAUAGGUUCAGCGCGCACGAGGUGAAGCUACAUGUGCGAAGCUUCAUGCAGCAGUACCACUUCGGUGUUUUCUACUCCUACCUUCGGUUGCGCGAGCAGGAACAUCGAAACAUCCUCUGGAUUGCCGAGUGCAUCGCCCAGAAUUAUCGCACCCGGAUGGACCACUACAUUCCCAUCUUUCGCGGGCACUAG